UGACGUCAUGAGACCGGUUCUUCCGCCGCCGGUGAAGAGGAAGAGGAAGAAGAAGAGGAAGAGGAACCAGCCGCAGCAUCACCAGAAGAAGAAGCAGCUCCACCAUCAGAGCCGCUAACGACCAGACUAUCGCUCAGCGGCUGUUUAUGACUCACGCUCACUACAGACGAACAUCAUCGAGUCUGAGAGACGCGAACGUUAAUCCUCUCCCGCACGUGACCCACAAUGGCUGUGAACGUGUACUCGACCUCAGUGACCAGCGACAACCUAAGUCGUCAUGACAUGCUGGUUUGGAUCAAUGAGUCUCUACAGAUGAACCUCACCAAGAUUGAAAUGUUGUGUACAGGUGCCGCCUAUUGCCAGUUCAUGGACAUGCUGUUCCCCAACUCGGUGCCUCUGAAGAAAGUGAAAUUCGGUGCCAAGCUGGAACAUGAAUACAUCCACAACUUCAAGCUUCUGCAGGUUUCCUUCAAAAAGAUGGGAGUUGACAAAAUCAUUCCCGUGGACAAACUGGUGAAGGGGAAGUUUCAGGACAACUUUGAGUUCGUCCAGUGGUUUAAAAAGUUCUUUGAUGCCAACUACGAUGGGAAGGAAUACGAUCCAGUGGAGGCAAGGCAGGGCCAGGACGCCGUGUCCUCAUCCAACCCCACCACAUCAGCACUCAACAAACCCCCGAAGAAGGCCAUAAAUCAAGCUCCCCAGAGGCCACCCGUCGCCAAGGUGGCGCCAAAGUUGGCUCCGGUGAGCGUGAGGAAAACGGGGAUGGGAGGAGCCGAUGAGGAGAGGGCGGAGCUCAUGAAUGAGCUGGAGAUCCUGAAAUCCACCUACCAGGACAUGGAGAAGGAGAGAGACUUUUAUUUUGGUAAGCUGCGGAACAUUGAGCUGAUCUGUCAGGAGAAGGAAGGCGAGAGUGACCCCACCCUGCAGAGGAUCAUUGACAUCCUCUACGCCACAGACGAUGGCUUUGUGAUACCUGAUGCUGAGGAGCCAGAGGAGUUUUAAUGCUCAAGACUACAAGCAACUUGUCUCUCAGACGCCCUGGUCUACAAACGAGAUCUUUCCUCACGCCAUGUUUGGUUUUUAUAUCUGACACCAAACCUGAUCUUGACUUGUGGCCCCUCACACCCCCCCCACCCCCACCCCCUUCUUCUUUCCUGAAUCCUAACCUGCCGGACGUCUUCUCCUCAUCUUCAGCCCGUCAUACACAACUCCACCCCUUCUUCCCCAAAAGGUCUCUGACCAAUUAUCAACAACAAUCAAGCCUCGGUCACUGCCACUCCUCUACACAGUUGCCCCCCCACCCCCCUCGCCUGGAAUCCCAACCUUCCCAAAACCAGAUGGUGCAUUACAUGUCUGGUUUUAGAAAUGGACGUCAGUGUGAUAAACACAGUGAUGUUCUGUGUGUAUGUGUGCGUGUGUUAAAACAUCCAUUGAAACAAAUCAAACGUGACGAACCUCCUCUGAAGACCCGGCUGUCGAGUCACAGACCACUUUGUCCCAGACUUCCCCGACAGUUGGCUGCGUGAUGAGUCUCCUCUUCACGCAGAGUUCAUCCAUUUGGAGGAAGAUGAGGAGAAAAACGGAAGCGUAGUUUAUUAUUGAUCGUAGCAAUUUUUUCAAGCUGGCGCGCUUUAAAAUGUCCAGUGUGAUUUGAGGAGCAGGUUUGCAGAAAGUAAAACGUAGAAGAUAUGAAGGAAAAGGUCAAACCUGUGAAGGGCUCAGGUUCAGUCUGUGACGAGGCAACAGUCGGGUUCUUCUCUCGGCCUUUUUCCACCUGUGACAAACUGUCACCGUGUUGAUUUGUCGUGUUCAGCUUCAGAUGAGCUUUUGUAAAUUUAUGCUACUGUUUUAUCACAUUUUUUCCUCCCGUCUGGCAGAGUUCCGUUUUUUUGGGCUGCAGUUUUCUCGCAGCAGUUCGUGUUUUUGCCGCUCACACGCUCCCGCUUCACCUCAUGUUUCACUCUUUGAAAACGUGCGAUUCUUUCUACCAGGAAAGUGGCUUACUCUUCCGGUUGAUGUGAGACUAAGUUUCUGAAGCUUUUGCGGGCGGUGGCCUUUUUGAUCAACAUGCCAAUGUUUAGUAAGAAAGUGCUAAAAUACAGUUAGAGACUGCAUGAUUGUUUUCAUAUGUUUUUGUCUUUUUGGAAAAGUCUGUUUUAAGGAAGAUGCACUGUUUGAUACCAGUGGCCUUUAAUCAGCCCCUCGCCCAUAAGAAAAAUAUGAAUCAUUCCGAAAGGAUGAUGGGAAAUCCAGAGCAGCCACCUGACAAACACUGUGAGCUCGGACUGUGGCUGCUCAUUGUAGCCAGUCACAUGACCUGAGUGAAGCUGUGAGUGGCUUGUUUCUUCAGGUCAUCACUGAAACUUCAAAACAAAGUGUGAUCAAUCUGUAAGUACAAACUUCACGUUGCCGCUCUGAGGGCGUCUCCGUGUUUUGUACUUCCACACCCUGAUUCAUUUUUAAUAUUAAUAUUGUUUAUCGUGGAUCUGAUUUGAGACCAGUUUUUGUAAAAUAUAAUUUCUGACAAGUUUGUAUCUGAUUAGAAACAAACGAGUGUUGAUUUCACACAAACAGUAAAACACAACUCUAUCUUAAUGGCCUUAUUCAUAAAGAUUCUUUUUUCAACAGUAAAUAUUCUUCAUAACUUUUCCUCUAACUUUACUGUAUGUCUCUACUGUUCUGGGUAAAUGUUUGUGCUGUGACGGUCGUAUUUUUAAAUGUGUUCUGAAAAUAAAGUACGUUGGAGGUAUUUUGGAUAAAGGCUCAGAUGUGUUGCAGAGCGCCUGUCUUCCAUUGAAUGAUCAAAAAGAAAAAAACAUUUGCUAAAAACAAAUUUAAUGCAAGUUGAAUUUGAAUCAAGUAUUUCUGGUGAAUUAUCAAUUUUAAAAAAUCUUUGAGCUGUGAUCAAAGCGACGGCUGCAGACGUAUGAAUUCAUGUUCUGUUAAAGAUCUGUUUGUCCAGUCGAUCACGUACUGAAAGUGCUGUAGCUAAAUGUGUUAGCUUCAUGCUAGCUCAAAGGCCUUUAACAAAACACCUGGGUUGACCUGAACUUUGUUCUCUGGUUGUUGUUUCAGUUAAAACCAUCUCUUUUACGUUUCGUGGACCAUGUGUGAUGUAGAUGUUGGAGCUCGGUUACACUCUGACUCGUGACUCAGAUCUAAGUGCUGACGGACUCUGAGUUUCUACAUCCGUGUCUGAUGAACAAUGUCCCACUUGUUUUCUCUGUUAUGGUCCUUUUUAUUUUUUUAAUGCAGCAAGAAAAUAAUGGUGUAGUGGUUUGUAGCAGAAGCUCCAUCUUCUCCCUCUGCCUCAGUUCAUGUGAUUCACUGCUGAGCAGCAGAAUGAAGCUGUUGUGAUUGGGUCUUUGUUCAGUUACACACUUUAAACUGCUGAGAGUUUUCAGACGUUUCAGGCCGAGCUCCAUCACAUCCUCGUGAACCAAAUGUUCAUUUCAGGUGUUGAUUUCAAAAGCAUCUCUUAUUUGAAUUAUGCAUCAGCAACUGAAAGUCAAAACUAAAACUCAACGCUCUGACGUACGGACGCAACAUAACAGCAAACUGUCUCUGGAAGUUAAAAAAAAAAAAGGUGUCCCCC